AUGCAACUCCAAUUACUACAUCCACUGCAAUUGGUGAGGAUUGUAAACCUCUGUAAUCAUUCCAACCAUAUCGUUGAUAUGAAGAAGCAAUUUAAAACCAUCGCAAUCUAUCAUAGGACUUGUAUGCAAAAUAAAGUCCCAAACUUUUAUUUGGAGAAACUUGAUCGUAUUCAAGUCACUGUCAUUUGUAUCAAUGAGUAUGCUGCAAGAUAUCGAUUGGUUGAUAUCAUUUAUGAUCCAUCAGAGUUUGACACAUUCGUCGUUAUCUUAUGGAAGUAA